AAGAAGGAGGAAAGAGCACGGGAAAACAUGUGAGCGCUCUCAGGACUAAGUGAGAGAUAACUUUAUUCCUAAUUUUCUGACCCUGCGCACAAGCCUGUGCUGAAACGGAAUUAAUAUCUAAAGGAACAACAACGAUUUCUACCCUUUUUUUUAUUGGUUCACUAAGGACAUUUUGUAGUUCUUUUUUUAUUUCGUACUUUUAUCAAAUAUCCAGAACGUAGUAGUCUACUUUAAUUUAUUUAGAAACUCCAGUCUGAUGGAAUAUCUCCAAAACGCAUAACUUAAUUAAAUUGCUCAGUCAAUAUCAACCUUACACACAGUUGUAUUGCAUGUUGUUUGUUAUUGCUGAAUGCGGUUCAACGUGUAGUCUUCUACGAUAAACAAAAACAGGAGCAACUCCACGACAGUGUUUCCUGAGAGGCACUUUUACUCCUUCGAACUUUUUUUCCCAAACUUAUUCUUGCAAUUCUACUUAUUUCCACAACUACUAUGAAGCACUUGCAAUUCAUGCUCGUUUUGGCAAUCGCGGUCAACGUGUGGGAAUGUGGAGAUGCUAAAUUCGGCGAAAGGGGUGAAAUAAGCCCACGGAGACGACGAUGUUACGAUGGGAGCAUGCCAAAACGACUGAAGAAACGGGAUAGAAAGCUGUCAGUGGACAGCGGCGGCAGCGGCAGCAGCAGCAGUGGGGAAGUUUGUUCCCGGCUCUAUCCUCGCGUGUCCUGCUGCCCCACGAGACGAGCCGCCUAUCAGAUCCUGCAUCGGCGCGACGCACGGAUCUUCUCCACCAACAACACAGAGUGCGGGCGCCUGCUGGAGGAGAUCAAGUGUGCCCGCUGCUCGCCCAACGCCCAGGCGCUGUUCCAUUCGCCCGACGCGGAGGCCAAGGCACCGCACAGGGAGCCCGACCUGCCGCGCCUCUGCCAGGACUUCUGCCGGGAGUUCUACUACACCUGCAGGGGACACAUACCAGAGCUGUUCCAGGCAGACGUGGACGAGUUUUGUCAGUAUUACGGUCGGAGAGACGGCGGCGCCUGCUUCCCGGACUACCAGCGAAAGCCACCUCUGCGAGGGCAGGAGUCCAACUACCUGGGGGACGAGAAGAUAGAGGAGAUCAGCAGGAAACACAAGCACAACUGCUACUGUGCCCAGGAGGUGCUGAGUGGCCUGCGGCAGCCUGUGGCCGUGGUGCAUUGUGGGGACGGCUCGCAGCGGCUCUUCGUUCUGGAGAGGGAGGGCGUGGUGCGAAUACUCACCCCCGAUCUCGAGGUGCUGAAGGAGCCCUUCCUGGACAUCCACAAGCUGGUGCAAAGCAGCCUCAAGGUAGGGGUGUAGCUCCUCUCGAUUCCAACGGUCCAACUGUGGUAACAGUGGUAACAGCAUAACCCCCCCCCCCACAAGCAACAUGAUUGGUCGGAUAAAAAAUGAAGCGGAAAAGGCGCCCCAUCCACCAUUUUUAUGAUACUCCUCAAACCCCCUCCCCCCCCCCCCCCCACAUCCCCCCAAACUUUUCUACACACACAUCCACACACACACUCUUCCCUCAGCCUACUUCCAAUAAAAACAAUCAAAUGUUGGCCAGAGGCAAUUUAGGAAGUGAAAUAAAAUUAAAUGAAACACACUUACUCCUGUGUCUGAGCCUGGAAGUCGUUCCAUGCAUAUACGUAGAUAGUGUAGUACAACAAAGUGGAUGAGAGAUGGCUUGAUGGCAGUCUUUCUGUGGUAGAAGGGCUACCACCUUAGCAAACAUACUUACUUACUGUGACCGUGUGGAAAACUCUCCCAUGCCAAUGCAAAUACCUUAAACGUGGUGCUUGCGCUGUAAUAACAUUCAAUUACGUAAUUAUGCCAAAUAAGCACGCAUUCAUCAAUUUUCAACACUAAUAUCUGCUAAUUAACCAGACCCUUAUUAGCUCAUUGCUGAGCUUUCCUAACCCAACAAGAGAUGGCUAAUUGUGUUAAUUAAUACCUGUUUAAGUCACAGUUUGUGCACAUGUUACAUCUCAGAUAUUCCACGUGCUGACUGGAAUAACAAAUGGUAAUGCGACCAAGCUUAAAACACACCUAACCAUUUCUCCCUUCAUAGAACCAACCCCUACACUCACCAUUCUCUCCAGAACCAUUUACAGUACUUCUCAGUACUUAUUUUCACACACUUACCAGCAUUUAUUGAAUAUUUAGUUUAGCUAGCCAUACCCUAGCUAACAUGGACAUGCAGGGUAGAAGCAGAGAUGUUUAGAACUCAGAGAGUUAUAACUGAACAACAACGGAAAGUAGACAUGAACUGACUUCCAGCUCUCACAGCAUCAUCACAAAAUGUCAUCCUCCAAAUAAGGAUAAAAUACUCAGAUUUUGUUGAUGAUGUAAUUCCUAGUAGACCACAACCAGUCUGCACCAUGUAUAUCCUACCUGAGGUAUUCCAUCUCGCUGCAAUCUUUUCACUAUCGAAAUCUCGGGCCAUUCUGCCGCUAAGUAGUAACAUAUUUCUCCUACGUAUCAUUGUUUAUCUGCAGUGCUGGAUGUUCUGCAACAGUUUGUUUGGAUAGUUCAGAUUGCGUAAAGAGAUGGGCCAGAUGAGAUGUUUAGGGGGGCACGCUCCCGAACAGGAAGUUUAUGUAUCACGCAUGCCUCCCGCAUCCCUCUACACUCCGACGGACAAGAACGCAGCGUUUACGGCGAGUCAAACAGAGCGGCGCAAUUGGCAACGCGAUUGCUCUCCUGGCUACUGCUAUCGUCAUGACGGACCUACAGCCAGUGGUGGACGAGAUGAUGUUGUGUGAUGAUUUUUACGACAAAUCCGACAGGGGGGACCCCACUACCCUCAAAUCCUUCUCUUUUCCAGUGGCAGACAAAGCCCUGGACCCCUGGGCCAGUGGGCCACGAGUUCUCGUGGUGGGGGGGAUGGGGGAUGGGGGGGGGGAUGGUGGUAGAGAAGGGAAGUAGGGGCACCAGGGACUAGCUAAGGUGUUUACUGGCUGCAUCAACAGGAUGGAGCUGGCUUUAUACAGAACUAGGAAACAAGGCCCUGGGGGAGGCGGGGGGGUGGGGGGGGGGGGGGGUGGGGUGGAGGCGACGGAAGAUAAGGGCUUUAUCAUCAGGCCCAUGCACAUGCUUUGAUUGUAAUGUUCUGGGGUUCCUCCUGCUGUUUUCUACCCCCCUUCCACCUCCCUCCCCCUCCUCCUAUCCUCCCUCCACUCCCCUCCCCUCCUCUCCUCUCCUCUCCCCUCCCUCCCUCCCUCCCUCCCUCCCUCCCUCCCUCCCUCCCUCCCUCGCUGGAUCCCCUGGUGCCAAUUAAGCCGGCCCUGCUGCGAGACAAUGCUGAGCUGCAGCGCUGCCGCUCUCCCGGCUGCUCUGUGGGUGUUCCCUCCCCGCUCCUGAAAUCCUAUCUCUGCUGGUGCCCCACAUAGAGCCACCCAGCCUCUCACCACACACACACACACACACACACACACACACACACACACACACACACACACACACACACACACACACAGACACACACACAGACACACACGCACGCACGCUCGUAUGCACACGUAUGCACGCGCAUGCACACACACACACACACACACACACACAC